UCCUGUACAUUUUGGGACACUUCCUGUUCAUUAGGCUUUGAUUUUAAUUUUGAAGCAUUUCUGGGUCACAUCUUUUUGAGUUUGGGUCAAUAUCUGUUGGUUUUAGGGCACUCAUAGGUCACUUUUUUUCUCUUUUAGGGUCACUUUCUGAUGAUUUUGGAGUAAUCGCUCGUCACUUCCUGUACAUUUUGGCUCACUUCCUGUUCAUUGGGCUUUGCUUUUGAUUUUGAUGCAUUUCUAGGUCACUUCUUCUUUUUUGUGUGGGGGGGUCAAUUUCUGUUGGUUUUAGGGCUCUCACAGGUCACUUUUUGCUCAUUUUGGGUCACUUUUCGAUGAUUUAGGGGCAAUCACAUAUCCCUUCCUGUACAUUUUGGGUCACUUCCUGUUCAUUCGGCUUUGCUUUUGAUUUCAGGUUAAUUUCUGUUGGUUUCAGGGCACUCAUAGGUCACUUUUUGCCCAUUUUGGGUCACUGUUUGAUGAUUUAAGUGCAUUCACAUGGCACUUCCAGUACAUUUUGGGUCACUUGCUGUUAAUUUUGAUGCAUUUCUAGGUCUCUUACUUUUGAUUUUGGGUCAAGUUUCUGUUGGUUUUAGGGCUCUCAUAGGUCACUUUUUGCCCAUUUUGGGUCACUUUUUGAUGAUUUGGGGGCAUUCACAUGUCACUUCCUGUACAUUUUGGGUCACUUCCUGUUCAUUCGGCUUUGCUUUUGAUUUCAGGUUAAUUUCUGUUGAUUUCAUGGCACUCAUAGGUCACUUUUUUGCUGUUUGGUGUCACUUUCUGAUGAUUUUGGGGUAUUCACACGUCACUUCCUGUACAUUUUGGGACACUUCCUGUUCAUUAGGCUUUGAUUUUAAUUUUGAAGCAUUUCUGGGUCACAUCUUUUUGAUUUUGGGUAAAUAUCUGUUGGUUUUAGGGCACUCAUAGGUCACUUUUUUCUCUUUUGGGGUCACUUUCUGAUGAUUUUGGAGCAAUCUCUAGCCACUCCCUGUACAUUUUGGUGUUACUUCCAAUUAUUUCUGGUGCAAUUCAAGGAAGUUUGCAAAAACCUACAGAAAGUGACUGGUGGGAGUGCCAAUUUCACCCCAUUUUGUAUUUAGUUGUUACUUUAUUUUGAAACUCUUGGGUCAAGGUCACCUCAUGAGAUGGAUGUACCACUGUAUAUCAAGAGUCUCCUCCUCCAUGUUUUCAACCCUCUCCCUCACGUCCCUUUAACAACAUUCUCCCCACCCGUGCAGCGCAUGCGUCCACGCUGCUCGGGUGUGUGCGUGUGUGACCAUGUGAAUGUCCAUGUGCUACUUUGACAAGCCCAGUAAGAGAGCAGGGCAGCGAGAGGGGGGACAGGUCCACGGCGGGAGUAGGAGAACCAUGCAUUCAGGGAUCGGGAAGCGCAGAUGACCUACGGGUGCGCGUUGCCCGGCGUGCCAAAUGGGGUCCGCUCUGGGCCGAAGACGAGCGAGCGAGAAAAAGCAAAGGAGGAGCAAAGAAGCCGGGAAGGCCAAAGUCAAUAGUAAGGCCAACCUGAAGAAGUUCAUGGAGUAUGUGCAGCAGAGGAGCGUUGAAAAGCUCUCCCGCUUUCUGGAAAAAGGCUUGGACCCCAAUUUUCACGAUCCUGACACUGGAGAAUGCCCUUUGACACUAGCAGUCCAGCUGGAGGGAUGCGCGGAAGUCAUCAAGGUGCUGAAGAGCGGCGGCGCUCAUCUGGACUUCCGGACAAAAGAUGGUAUCACCUCCUUGCACAAGGCAGUGCGCAGCAAGAAUCACACAGCGCUCAUUACGCUGUUAGACUUGGGCGCAUCGCCCGACUACAAGGACAGCCGGGGGUUGACUCCCCUCUACCACAGCUCUAUGGUGGGGGGUGACCCUUACUGCUGCGAGUUGCUGCUGCACGACCACGCGCAGGUCGGGUGCGUGGACGAGAACGGCUGGCAGGAGAUACACCAGUCAUGCCGUUACGGUCACGUUCAGCACCUGGAACAUCUUCUGUUCUACGGAGCGGACAUGAGCGCCCAGAACGCUUCGGGGAACACGGCCCUUCAUGUGUGUGCUCUCUACAACCAGGACAGCUGUGCUCGGGUUCUUCUGUUUCGGGGAGCCAACAAGGAGAUUAAGAACUACAACAGCCAGACUGCCUUUCAGGUUGCUAUUAUAGCAGGGAACUUUGAUCUUGCUGAAAUCAUAAAGGUCCACAAAGCAUCAGAUGUUGUGCCUUUCCGGGAGACGCCCUCCUACACCAACCGUCGUCGGGCGACGGGCCCCACGCCGUCCCCCCGCUCGUUGCUGCGCUCGGCCAGCGACAACAACCUCAACGGCAACGACGCCGUCCACAUUCACCGGCAGACGCCCCGCGAGUCUCGCGGUCGCCAGCAGGGCCACUCGCCCGUGCCGUCACUGAGGAGUCUGCCCGCUUUCGGGCAGCUUCAGGGGGGAAGCUUCGGAGAGAGUCGACAAGGCGACUUUCCAGACAGCAGUCUCCAGAGCACGGGUAGUUCCAGGUCUUCUCAUUCCCGAUCGCCUUCCCUGCACCACUCGCACGAUGAUGACAGACCGGUACCGCGACGCUCCCACAGCCACGGCUACCCUCACGGACAUCGGGGAAGGCUCAGCCCCGGCUCGGUGCAGCGGGACCCGAGCCCGCCUCAGCACGCGCCGCCGGCGCUGAGCGGCGCCCGCGGGCCCAAGCGGAAACUCUACAGCGCCGUCCCGGGUCGCACCUUCAUUGUCGUCAAGCCCUACACGCCCCAGGGGGAGGGGGAGAUACAACUCAAUAGAGGAGAGAGGGUCAAAGACUUUGACUGUAAUGACUUAGAAGUGAAGGACGACCACUCGGACUCAGACGCUGACACUGUGUUUAAUGAGGAGGAGGAAGAGGAAGAUUCCCUUUCCUUUGAGGAUGAUGAAGUGCUGAGCAUCGGAGAAGGAGGCUUCUGGGAAGGCAGCGUCAAAGGGAGGACGGGCUGGUUUCCUGCCGACUGUGUAGAAGAAGUUCAGAUGAGGCAGCUAGACCCUCGCCUUGAGACUAGAGAGGACCGCACCAAAAGACUGUUCAGACACUACACUGUGGGAUCCUAUGACAACUUCACGUCGUAUAGCGAUUACAUCAUCGAGGAGAAGAACGCCGUCUUGCAGAAGAAAGAAAACGAGGGCUUUGGCUUCGUCCUGCGAGGCGCGAAAGCCGAGACGCCCAUCGAAGAGUUCACGCCGACCCCGGCGUUCCCCGCCCUGCAGUAUCUGGAGUCUGUAGACGUAGAGGGUGUGGCAUGGAGGGCGGGACUUAGGACGGGAGACUUUCUCAUUGAGGUGAACGGUGUGAAUGUGGUGAAGGUGGGCCACAAGCAGGUGGUGUCUUUGAUACGACAAGGAGGUAACCGGCUGCUGAUGAAGGUGGUGUCCGUCACGCGGAAACCAGAGUCGGAGGAAAUAGUACGCAAGAAAGCGCCGCCGCCCCCCAAAAGAGCCCCCAGCACUACGCUCACGCUUCGCUCCAAGUCCAUGACGGCAGAGCUGGAAGAACUGGCUUCUGCUCGGAGGAGAAGAGGAGAGAGGCUUGACGAAAUGCUGGCGUCGCAGGAGUCCAUGUUGCGUUCUCAACCCCCGGAAGCGGAUUACCGAGCAGCCACCGUUAAACAACGGCCCACUAGCAGGAGGAUAACACCGGCGGAGAUCAGCUCACUGUUUGAGCGACAAGGAAUGACUCUACAUGGAGCUUUUCACCCAGCUAUGGAGAGAGGUCAUAUUGCGGUACCUAAAGGAAUGUCCAGGACCAAGUCAUUUGGUGCCACUGAGGAGGAUCGACUUUCGGCCCUGGAAGGUGAGCACCGCUUCCCCCGCAGUUCCUCCAUGACUGACAGCCUCCGAGACCACCCGCAGCCUCAUCCCAUCCCGCCUCCUCCGCAAACAGCGCCUCCUCCGCCUCCCUAUUACCUGGACACCGGACCUCCCCCGGCUUUCUGCCCGCCGCCGCCUCCGUCCAGGACCCAGAGUCAGGGCCACGAACCCGGGGGACGCUCCAGCUUUAAGCCCUCCUCCCUGGACCUGCCCUACGAGGCGGCUCAUCGGCAGGCCGCCCAGAUUGAGAGACAGAAGAAAGCCCGCUCCAUGAUCAUCCUCCAGGACUCCUCGCAUUUACCCGUGGAACCUACGGAAAUACCCCGCCCGUCUGCUGCCACUCCACCCGAACGGAUAAAACGGAAAGGGCGGAUUAUUGACAACCCCUAUGCCAAUGUGGGACAAUUCAGCAUUGGACUGUACACACCUACCAAACCUCAGAGAAAGAAGAGCCCAUUGGUAAAGCAAUUACAGGUGGAGGACGCACAAGAAAAAGCCAACUUGGUUUUAGCAGCCGCCCACUCCCGGGAGAGCUCGCCUUCAGGACGACCCCCGCACGGCCACACGCGCACCAGUCGUGCAGACUACUACCAGCAGCAACUGCUGGCCGAGCGGGAGCGUUUGCGAGCCCAGAGCGAGGCCAUGUUUCAGGGUAAGGGCCCCUUUGCCGCUGCCAUCGCCGGAGCGGUGAAAGAUCGCGAGCGUCGCCUGGAGGAGCGGCGGAGAUCCACCGUCUUCCUUUCCGUCGGCACGAUGGAGGGGGCGUCUUCCGUCGCAAUGGAGGUCCCUUCUCUGACUCAGUCUCACUCCGUCGACGAGAGGAUACUCACCAGGGAGCUUGGCCAGCUGCCACCUCCUGCCUUGGCCUUGAGCCCCUCACCGAGCGGGACCACCUUUAUCCAUCCGCUGACGGGAAAGCCCCUGGACCCCAACUCCCCUCUGGCCCUUGCGCUGGCCGCAAGGGAGAGGGCGCUGACUUCCCAGAGCCAAUCCCCAAAUAGCAGCCCAGAGCCACGGACUAAACAGGAGCGGGUAGGCCCGGGCGUAAUAUUCCUUGACACUCAGACCAAAGAGUCUCCGCACGGAGAAGGGCCACCCAUAUCUCCACCUUUUACACCUCAAAGCGCCAAGGGGUCCGGCCUCGGAUCCUCCCCGGCACCCGUGUUAGUCCCUCAGCCCACCAAACCGCCUUGGUCACCGUCUAGUAUAACCUUCCAUCAGGAAAUGGAGGCCAGGAUCGAGGAGAGGAAGGAGGAGAAGAUGCUAGAAGAUAAGAAGAGCAUGUUAAUCAGUAUCAUGGACACAUCGCAGCAGAAAACGGCAGGGUUGAUCAUGGUCCACGCGACCAGUAACGGCCAGGCUGGCGGUGAGGGUGCGGAGCAGGAGCAGGCGACGUCCAAAGAGCCCAGCAAGUCUCUCAGUCCGCGGACUAAGUCCCCCAGUCCCACAGUCUCGGUGCCCCAGCCUCAGAGUCAGCGCGCUACCAGUCCGGCUCUAGAGAAGCCUCUGGUUCAAGGAAGCUCGGAAGAGGACGCGGAUCCGUACACGGUGACGCUCCCCCCCGCCAUGUUGUCCUCCAGCGACGAGGAAACACGCGAGGAGCUGCGUAAGAUCGGCUUCGUUCCACCGCCCGUUGAGUUCGCUAACGGGCUGCUGGCGCAGGUGCAAGCGAAGGGUAUUUUGCCGUCCCCGACCAAAACUCCCGCCCCUUCGCCCACCACCCCGCCCACACCGACACCCCAAACCCCCUCGACCCCGAUUACCCCGAGCGUGACCCCCACUCAGCCCCGGCCUCCGCAGCUCCCGCCUCUACCCAACGCUCCGCCUAGCGCAGCAGCCGUCUCAGGGAAACCCUCGGACCCCCCGCCGUUGGGCGAGUCCGGUUCUGCGGCCGAUUCGGGCGUGGAGGAAGCCGACACGCGCAGCUCCAGCGAGCGGGAGAGAGACCACCACCUCGAGACCACCAGCACUGUCUCCACGGUUUCCAGCAUGUCCACGCUGUCCUCAGAAAGCGGCGAACCGGCCGACACGCACACCACACACACUUCCUAUGCCGACGGGCAGACUUUUGUGCUCGACAAGCCGCCAGUGCCUCCCAAGCCCCGACUCAAGUCCCACUUAGGAGGCAGUAAAGGCCCCGUCACCUUCAGGGACCCUCUGCUCAAGCAGAGUUCUGACAGCGAGCUGCUAUCUCAGCAACAGGCCGCGGCACUCGCCGCGGCGGUGGCCGGAGGAGCCGGCCUGCCCCCCGGCGGCUCGGCCUCCGUGACCGGCCUGGCGCCCGCCAAGCCGCGCUACCUCUUUCAGCGGCGCUCCAAGCUAUGGGGGGACCCGGUGGAGCCCCGCGGGCCGGGAGUGGGGCUCGGCAUCGGAAGUUUGGGCAAUCUGGGCGGGCUGGGACUAGGGCUGGGUGCCGACGAGGGGGCCAAACCCUCUGUGAUGGGGGAGCUCAGUUCACGACUACAGCAGCUAAACAAAGACACACGGUCGUUGGGGGAGGAGCCGCUGGGAGCUUCUCUCGACCCUGGGAGGAAGUCUCCCGUAGCAGGUGCCAGACUUUUCAGCAGCCUAGGUGAACUCCACACCAUUUCCCAGAGAAGCUACGGCACCACGUACACCAUUCGCCCCGGCAGCCGCUACCCCGCCACGCGCCGCACCCCCAGCCCGGGCUCCCCCGACCGGGGCGAGCGCUUCUCGGGCUACUCGCCCAGCGCGCCGCUUCAGACCAUCCUUAAAUCGUCCAGCCUCAGCCUCCCGCAGGAACCCAAGGAGGUACGCUUCGUCAUGCGCAGCUCCAGCGCCCGCUCUCGUUCCCGUUCGCCGUCCCCCUCGCCCACGCGCUCGCCCGCUAUGGGCUCGCCGCUGCUGGCGCUCAGACCCUUCCACCAGAAGCCCCUGCACCUGUGGAACAAGUACGACGUGGGCGACUGGCUGGAGAGCAUCAACCUGGGCGAGCACCGCGCUGGCUUCCAGGAGCACGAGAUCGAGGGCUCGCACCUGCCGGCGUUGACCAAGGACGACUUCGCCGAGCUGGGCGUGACGCGGGUGGGCCACCGCAUGAACAUCGAGCGGGCGCUCAAGCAGUUGCUGGAGAGCUGACCCCCGCCCUGGGACCCCGAACGCCACGGCUCCUCUUUUACUCGGGUCGCGCGCUGAAGGGGAGGAGCCUUUGCGGGACCAUCGCGUUUCGGAGGAGACCACGCCUUCGAACGGCCGGCCGCCAAUCCGUCUUUACGUUUUCAAUUGGAAAUUGAAGCUCAAAAACUGUAAAAUUUUGUUUUUUAAGCUAGGGACAAAAAAGAAAAUAACAUCCAGUUCUGUUUAAGUUCUAGUCUUAGAUCAAUGAUAUGAAACGGAAAAAUGGGUAACAGGGCUGAUUUUUUAUUUUUGUGUUUAACUCAUUGGCUGCCAUUGACGUUGACAGAUGUCCAAUCCAUUUUGAAUGGGAAGGCUAGCAGUCUAUGGCAGCUAAUGGAAAAAGAAUUUUAUAUAUAUAUAUAUAUAUAUAUAAUAUAUACAUAUCCUACUUAGACAUAAUUUUUUUGCCAAUUGGCACUGAAAGAGUUAAAAAUGUAGCUCCAAACGGCAAAAAUUAGCAUUAGCUAAGAUGUUAGCUUGCUGGAUGCCACAAUCUGUCAAUCAAAAUCCAUAGUAGGUAUGAAUACUUCUUAAAAUUAUCUUCAAUUAAACAAAAUAUUAUUUAGUGUUGCUAAAAUAUAGGUACCGAUACCGCGCUAAAAUGACUUAAUAUCGGUAAGUAUUGUAUCAAAAUUACAUUGUUAUGAAAUCGGUGCUAUAGACCCCUACCAAGUACGUAUUAAGUAUUCAUUUUAGUGUUGUACCGAUACCGUUUUUGGGCUCCCGAUACCAAAUCUGGUACUUGGUGGUAUCGGUACUGAUAGUGUACCGAUACUUCUUUUUUUGGUGGGUGAAAUAUACAAAAUAUAUAUUUUUGUUUAAAUACUAAGUUUCUGCUCACUUGAAUUGACGGAGCUAGACAUACAAUCCAUUAGACGCAACAAGCGCUCCUUUUUUUGUGGCGGUGUGAGUAUCUGGCGGCCAUCUUGGGUAGGGCAACCAGCGGUUGGAAACUAGAUCUGGAAAAGUACAUAUUGCAUAUGCUUUGGCGUUUUCAAGAUCGGUUGAGAAAUAAGAUAGUUUUUACUUAAUAUUAAUCUCAAUCCAUUGACUUUGCCCCUACCAACAUGGCUGCCCAGGCCUCAUUUUGGUAAGGGUGACCAGCACUAUAGUUGGCGGCCAUCUUGGGUAAGGCGAUGAGAUGUUGGGAAGUAUAUUUGAAAGGUACAUAUUGCAAAUGCUUUGACGCAUUAAGUUCGGUUUAUACGUAAUAUUAAUGUCAAUGCAUUGACUUUGAUCUGUACGUGUCCCCUACCAACACGGCCCCUGGGCAGCCAUGUUGGUAGGGGCAAUGAAAGGUCUUUUCAUGUUUCUGAAGUGUUUCCAAAUGAGUUUAUCACUAGGAUAACAUUCAUUCAUGACUCAACGCCACGUGAUUAAACAUCUAUCAUUUUCGGAAGAGCGACGUACACUGUAGUUGGUGGCCAUCUUGGGUAGGGCGACCAGCGGUUGGAAACUAGAUCUGUAAAAGUACAUAUUGCAUAUGCUUUGCGGUUUUCAAGAUCGGUUGAGAAAUAAGAUAGUUUUUACUUAAUAUUAAUCUCAAUCCAUUGACUUUGCCCCUACCAACAUGGCCGCCCAGGCCUCAUUUUGGUAAGGGCGACCAGCACUGUAGUUGGCGGCCAUCUUGGGUAGGGCAACGAGAUGUUGGAAAGUAUAUUUGAAAGGUACAUAAGGAAAGGUACUUUGAUAGGGAUGUGUCCCCUACCAACAUGGCCGCCCAGGGGCCAUGUUGGUAGGGGCGAUGAAAGGUCUUUUCAUGUUUCUGAAGUGUUUUGAAAUGAGUUUAUCACUAGGAUAACAUUCAUUCAUGACUCAACGCCACGUGAUUAAACAUCUGUCAUUUUUGGAAGAGUGACGUACACUGUAGUUGGCGGCCAUCUUGGGUAGGGGGACGAACUGUUGGAAACUAGUACUCCAAAAACUACAAAUAUUGCACUGCAUCGGCACGUCAUUUCCUAGUACGUCCUAAUACACGAGAUUUUAUUUAAGUCCCGUAUCGGUACUGAUAUUAGUAUUGGUACUGAUAUUAGUAUCGGUCCCGGCAGUGACGGGUCUUUUCAUGCUUCUGCCGUGAAUUGAAAUGAGUUGAUCAUUAGCAGAACAUUCAUGACCGGACGCGACAUAAUGGGAAGGGCGACGAGCACUGUAGUUGGAGGCCAUCUUGGGUAGGGCGACGAGAUGUUGGAAACUAGUACUCGAAAAUUUGAAAUAUUGCACAGCAUCGGUACGUUAUUACUUAGGACUUCCUGAUGUUAUUUAAGUGCUGUAUCGGUACCGAUAUUAAUAUCGGUACUGUUGCAACACAAAUUUUCUGUUUUACUUUUAUAUAAUUUUACAUUAUUUAAUUCGUGCAUUUCUUAUUUUGUUACUUUUUAAUGGAUUUUGGUUAUAUACCCAACAAAUUGUGGCAGCUAACAAGCUACCAUUUUUGCUAACGCUACUUUUUACUGUUUAGAGCUACAAAACUUGAUAUCCUGUGUUCCUUUUUUCCAAUUUCCACUUGAAAACGCAAAGAAAAACGACCCCCGGCUCGCCGUUCUCCCUGACGACGACGCCCUCCUCUGCUCUCUACCUCUCACCCCGCCAUCCACCGGGCUAAGCCUUUUCGCGGUUUUCGAGUUAAAGAGGAAGCAGUUAUCGCUCCAAUCACGGGAAAAAAAAAAAAGCUCAGUUGCCUUUCGACAAUAUUUCUACAGAAAUCGACGGCGGCGGUAGCGGCGAACACGACGGACCGCCGCGGUGUGUCUGCUUCUAUAUCUGCUGUUGUUUUUAAAGCUUCACGGACAACGGAAGAAGCCUUGCGAUACCGAGACUGUGCUAUCCAUUCCUUUUGGAGAAUGUGUAACCAACACUCGUGGCUUUUUUCAUCUUUAUUUUGCUUUUCCAAAGGGAUUAUUGUAUUUAUACGGCGGAUGGAAAAGUUUACACACCCCGUUUUAAAUGGUAAGUCAAGUUAAAUCGAAAAAAAAUAGACAAGAGGUCAAUUUUUUUGCCAUCAAUGUGGCAUGUAAUUGGUACAUUUUGACUUGGCAGGGUGAAAGUUUUGAAAUAACCGAACUAUUUAAACAAGGGGUGUAAACUUUUUAUCCACUGUGUAUAUACAUAUUUAAGUAUUAUGAAUAUAUGUCUAUCUAAUUAUAGCUUUCAAAAGACAAUUGUGGAUUAAGGGAAAGGAAUUUUUUUAUGUUUUGGGAGGGUUUAUUGAAGAAAGCUAAUUUCUACACUCACACAUAACACUUUUGUUCCUAUUUUUCCUCAAACCGUAGCAUGGCGGCUCACAAUUGUUAUGAUUGUUUUCUUAUGGUCUUCCGUCAAACUAAAAGGGCAUCCCAUAAUGUGAGGCAGAGAACAACCCGUCCCUUCAGUAGCUGCCUUGCCAAAUGAGACGCUUAACCUUUAUAAGAGGUUAUUCCUAACCUCUCAGGGAUGGAAUUCUGUAUUUUCUAACAUUAGCAUUUAUAAAACACUUUCAGGGCCUUCUUUGUCUUCAGAGAAGGACAAAAAAAAUUAAAAAUGUCAGUUUUAUUUAAGUACAUCAACCCAUUUUUCUCUUCGUCAUCUUGUUAUGGUUGGCUAAUUUAUUUGUGAGGACUUCUGAGGGAAGGCAAAACUAUGUGUUUUUGUUUAAAGAGUGACGCAGAUCAACCAAUCAUGUUUGAUUUUAAGGCAGGACUGUUCUGGGCCUUCCUGAAGUCCUCCACGAUGAUACUUAUGGGCUUUCCUAGACCGGGGUCGGCAACCUUUAACACUCAAAGAGCCAUUUAGACCCAGUUUACCCACAGGGUAUACACACACAUAGUAUGUGUAGUAGGGCUGUCAAACGAUAAAAAUUUUUAAUCGAGUUAAUUACAGCUUAAAAAUUAAUUAAUCGUAAUUAAUCCCAAUUCAAACCAUCUAUAAAAUAUGCCAUAUUUUUUCGUAAAUUAUUGUUGGAAUGGAAAGACACAAGACUGAUAUAUACAUUCAACAUACAGUACAUAAGUGCUGUAUUUGUUUAUUUUAACAAUAAAUCAACAAGAUGGCAUUAACAUUAUUAACAUUCUGUUAAAGCGAUCCAUGGAUAGAAAGACUUGUAGUUCUUAAAAGAAAAAUGUUAGUACAAGUUAUAGAAAUUUUAUAUUAAAACCCCUCUUAAUGUUUUCGUUUUAAUAAAAUUUGUAAAAUUUUCAAUCAAAAAAUUAACGAGUAGCCCACCAUUGUUGAUGUCAAUAAUUACUUACACAAUGCUCAUGGGUGCUGAAGCCUAAAAAAUCAGUCGCACCCAAGCGCCAGCAGAGGGCGGCAAAACUCCAUAAAACACAAUUAACAAGCAGUUCACUGUACUGUCAUUUAAAUCUGUCUGAGCGGAGGGAGUGCGUGAAUUGCGUCAAAUAUUUUAACGUGAUUAAUUUAAAAAAAUUAACGCCCAUUAACGCGAUCAUUUUGACAGCCCUAAUAUAUAUAUAUUAUAUAUAUGACAUCAUUUAAUGAUUCUAAGCUAAAAGUGACAUUUCGAAUAAUAAAUACGAUUACUUGCCUUCUUUUUAUGGUUAGGUUGAAACAAAAGCGGUUGCGCGACGUCUGUAAACGGGGGCUUUCUGGGUAAAAUGGACAAAUUAAAAAUAGUUCGGGGGCUUAUUGCGCCAUGAAUAUGCUAUGCCAGCAUAUAUACAUAUUGUUCUAUCAAACACAACAGUUCUUUUGGAUUAAAAUACAGCAAUUUAUUUUAAAGAGGAGUGCAACAGCAGAAACUGCUUUUUCAGUCUUGUUUGUGUUUUCCGCCAUAUAUAUGUAUAUAUAAGGGCUGUCAAACGAUUAAAAUUUUUAAUCGAGGUAAUCACAGCUUAAAAAUUAAUCGUAAUUAAUCACAAUUCAAACCAUCUAUAAAAUAUGCCAUCUUUUUCUGUAAAUUAUUGUUGGAAUGGAAAGAUAGGACGGAUAUAUACAUUCAACACACUGUACAUAAGUACUGCAUUUGUUAAUUAUAACAAUAAAUCAACAAGAUGGCAUUAACAUUAUUAACAUUCUGUUAAAGCGAUCCAUGGAUAGAAAGACUUGUACUUCUUAAAAGAUAAAUGUUAGUACAAGUUAUAGAAAUUUUAUAUUAAAACCUCUCAAUGUUUUCAUUUUAAUAAAAUUUGUAAAAUUUUCAACUAUUAAAAAAAAAAAAAAAAAAAACUAGUAGCCCGCCAUUGUUGAUGUCCAUAAUUACACAAUGCUCAUGGGUGCUGAAGCCCAUAAAAUCAGUCGCACCCAAGCGCCAGCAGAGGGCGACAAAACUCCAAAAAACACAAGUAACAAGUGGACAUUGCACUCUGUGCUGUCAUUUUAAUCUGUUUGAGCGGAGCAUCUGCGUUAAUUGCGUCAAAUAUUUUAACGUGAUUUAAAAAAUUAGUUACCGCCCAUUAACGCGAUCAGUUUGACAGCCCUAACAUACAGUAUUUGAUACACUACCAUUGGGUAGUGUAUCAAAUACUUGUUCUCCCCACUGUACAUAUAUAUAUAUAUAUAUAUAUAUAUUUAUGUAUAUACACAUAUAUACAUAUACAUAUAUAUAUAUACACACAAUUAUAUACAUAUACAUAUAUACAUAUUAGGGCUGUCAAACGAUUAAAAUUUUUAAUCGAGUUAAUUACAGCUUAAAAAUUAAUCGUAAUUAAUCGCAAUUCAAACCAUCUAUAAAAUAUGCCAUAUUUUUCUGUAAAUUAUAUAUAUAUUCUGUAAAAUAAAUUGUUGGAAUGGAAAGAUAAGACACAAGAUGGAUAUAUACAUUUAACAUACGGUACAAAAGGACUGUAGUGGGUAUUUCACUCUACUGUCAUUUAAAUCUGUCUAUGCUGUCCUCACUCCGAAGCGUCUACUUUUUCCAAAGCUAGACAGCUAGUGAACGACGCCUUAAUAAUUAGACUUCUUCCUUUUUCAUCUGAUUUAUUAAUAAAAUGGCCUCAAACCAUUGUCCUCUUUAGACCGUCGUAAAACUGCAAAAUAAAAGUACACAAGCAUUGCAUUAGCAACAACGUUAGCUUAGCACGCUAUACAGGUUCACUAAACAUACACAAAAAGCGUCUCAUACAAAAAAUAUAACAUUUCACUUACUAACAUAAUAUGUACAUUCUUUACAACAGCCAUACUUAACUUACGGACAAAUCUUGUCCAAGGAUCAUAUAAGCCCAACAUUAUCAGCCCGAGACGUCGUGCAGCCAUAAUGAACUGGCAAGAAAACAAUAAACCAUGUCGCAAAGCGACCACAAGAGUUCGCUGUUGGACAGCAAAAAAAGCCUUGCUGUAAAACUUACCAAAAGGCAGAAUACUGUCUGAGCGGGACAUGUGCGUUAAUUGCGUCAAAUAUUUUAACGUGAUUAAUUUAAAAAAUUAAUUACCGCGCGUUAACGCGAUAAUUUUGACAGCCCUAAUACAUAUACAUAUAUAUAUACAUAUAUACACAUAUAUAUACAUAUAUGUAUAUAUACAUACAUAUAUGUAUGUAUAUACACAUAUAUACAUAUACACACACAUAUAUAUACAUACAUACAUAUACAUAUAUACACACACACAUAUAUAUAUAUACAAAUACAUAUAUACACAUAUAUAUACAUAUACACACACACAUAUAUAUACAUACAUAUACAUAUAUACACACACACAUAUAUAUAUACAAAUACAUAUAUAUACAUAUACACACAUAUAUACACAUACAUAUACACACACACACACACACACAUAUAUAUAUAUAUAUAUAUAUAUAUACAUAUACAGUGGGGAGAACAAGUAUUUGAUACACUGUCAAUAGGAAAACCCAUUGGCAGUGUAUCAAAUACUUGGGGCAUUUCAGAUCUUUAAUGAUUUUGAGUCACUUCCUGUUGAUUUCGGGGCAUUUUAUGAGUCACUUGCUGUUUAUCUUGCGUUACAGAACAGGAAGUGACCUGGGAAUCACCCAAAUGAAUAGGCAGUGACUCAAACUCAACAGGAAAUGACCUGUAAACGCCCUAAAAUGCAAAAAAAGCAAGUGAACUGUAAAUGCCCCGAAAAUCGGACCGAAUGACCAUGAAUGCUCUGGUUUUGAAUGAACCAACAUUCCCAGUCUAAAUGGAUUGCGCGUCGAGCACCGUCGGGUCAAUGGCAGCCUUUAUUUUUGUUUUUUUUAAAUUGACACCAUUUUAAAACGAUAUUUCGAUUCUUGAUAGGAGCAUAUCGAUAUCCUUUUGGGAUACAAAGUAUCACGAUAAAUCACUAUUUCGAUAUUUUAUCCCACCCCUACUCACUAUAUUAGCUGAACUGUGAUCAGAAUUUUCAACCUCCAAUUAGAGCUGGUUACCCGGUUCACGUAUUGGUUAGGACUUCACGAAUCUAAAGGAAGGCCAAGCUAUGUGUGUCUGUAUGGCACGUUGAGAAAAAUCAUUUUGGGCCUUCCUGAAGCCCUAGAUGAGCCACAAUGUACAAAUUUCCAUCCCUGAGAAUGAUAAAAAUCAAUAUUUUUUCCCAUUUUUCCUAUUCAAAUAAAAAAAAAACGCAAGGAGCUGCUAGGACGGGAACGUUUCAAAGCGUCGCAGUUCGUUUGACGUAUUGCUGCUAGCCACUUAGUAAGCAGAACACUGUGGUAAACUGUGAAUUGACGAGGGACGGGUUGUCCAGAGAAACUAUGAAUUUUUUUUUUUUUAAUGUGCGGCUACUCAAAAAUUAAGUCUUAAUCAUCCAAUCUGUUGUUUUUUCAUCUUUACAUUCUUAAUCCUCUCAUAAAAAGAUAAUUAUUUUUGCUCAUCUGAAAGGCGUCGCUAGGUCGUCAGAGUAGCUUGACCUCACUGUGACCUCACAUUCACUCAUUUUGAACUGCUUUUUUUUCUUUUUGACACUUUGUAGCGUGUGAAACAUAAUAUUUAAAAAAAUAUAUAUGUUCAUUCAAAACCGUACUUGUAAAAAUGAAACAAAAAAAUGUGCUAUUUUAAAUCACAAGCAAUGUAUAUAGGAUAGAUUUACUAUACAUUUUUGGAAGACAAAUAUAUACAGAUCUAUAUAUAUAUAUAUAUAAAUAUGAAUGUUUGGCAUACAGUAUAUGCAUAGUUAACCACCUGUGGAAAAGGUGAGCAGAUUUUAUUCUUUCUAUGAUCUUUUGAACUAUGAACUUAAGGGGAUGAUUUGCACAAAAAAAGGUGACAAGGUGCUAACAUAGAAGCCACCCCAUCGUCCAAGCGCACGUGUGCAUCUGGAUGCGACCCCCGACUUGACGUGCGCGUGAGGGAACGUCCACUUGUAGCCUUACUGUCUUACCAUCGGAGAUUUCUGUGACUUUGUUACGAAGAGACCACUGACGCAAAAUGGUGGGGAAAAGUCAUGGGACAGGCUUUUCGUAAAAGCUGCUGUGGGUUCGUGAGCCUUCAAAGGGCAAUUUAGGGACGCAAAAAUGUGCCCAAAUUGACAGGGGUUGACCCAAAAUCAACAGAAAGAUACUCUAAAAUGCCCUAAAAGUCAGUGAGAGGUGACCGUAAACGCCCCAAAUUCAAUAGGAAGUGAGCAUAAAUGCCCUAAAAUCAACGGGACGUCGCCCGGAAUUUCCCCAAAUCAACAGGAGCUGACCUAAAAUCAAUAGAAGUGACCUGCUAAUGCCCCAAAAUCAACAGAAGUGACCCGAAAUCAACAAAAAGUGACCUGAAAUUAACAGGGAGAGUCUCCCGAAGCCCCGAAAGCAACAGGAAGUGACCUCGAUAAUGCCCCCAUAUUAGCAGGGAAUAGGGAUGGACCCAAAAUCAACAGGGAGAGACCCGAAAAUGCCCAAAAUUUAAUAGGGAGUGACCACAAAUGCCGUAAAAUUACAGAAAGUCACCUGUAAAUACCGAAAAUCAACAAAAGUGACUUAAAUUGACCCAAAAUAAACAGAAAGUGACCUGAAAAUGCCCCCACAUUAACAGGGAUUGACCUAAAAUCAAGAAGAAGAGACUUGUGAAUCCCCCAAAUUUAAUAGGAAGUGACUGCAAAUGCCCUAAAAUAAACAGGAAGUCACCCGCAAAUGCACAAAAUCUAAAAGGUGUCCCAAAACCAAGAAGUGACCUGUAAAUGCCCCAAAAUCAACAAAAGUGACCCCGAAAUGAACAGAGAGUGACCUAAAAUUAGCAGGGAGUGACUCCUGAAAUGCUAAAACUAACUAGAAGUGACUCUUAAAUGCCCAAAAUCUACAGGAGGUGGUCCAAAUCAAAGUCACCCGUAAAUGCCCCAAAUUUAUUUGUUGUACCAUAAUUAUUUAUUUUCCCUUCAGGCAUGACAAAUCCAAACAUACAGCAUUUAUAUGUGUUAACAAUUAAUUCAACCCGAAAAAAAAAGGCUGACGGGAGAAGCCGAAGCUUAUUGAAACCCGUCCCCAGUAUACCAUAUAGGACGCAAAAUGUGUCCUUCGCCAUCGAGUGUCUGUGAGAUUAUGAUUAAAUUAUUAUAAAUUAUGAUUAAAUUAUUAUAAAUUCAAUAGGAAGUGAGCAUAAAUGCCCUAAAAUCAACAGGACGUCGCCCGGAAUUUCCCAAAAUCAACAGGAGCUGACCUAAAAUCAAUAGAAGUGACCUGCAAAUGCCCCAAAAUCAACAGAAGUGACCCGAAAUCAAAAAGUGACCUGAAAUUAACAGGAAGAGCCUCCCGAAAGCAACAGGAAGUGACCUCGAUAAUACCCCCAUAUUAGCAGGGAAUAGGGAUGGACCCAAAAUCAACAGGGAGAGACCCGAAAAUGCCCAAAAUUUAAUAGGAUGUGAUCAUAAAUGCCGUAAAAUUACAGGAAGUCACCUGGAAAUAUCCAAAAUCAACAGAAUUGACUUAAAUUGACCCAAAAUAAACAGAAAGUGACCUGAAAACGCCCCCACGUUAACAGGGAUUGACCCAAAAUCAACAGGAAGGGACUCGUAAUUCCCCCAAAUUUAAUAUGAAGUGACCAUGUAUGCCCUCAAAUAAACAGGAAGUCACCCGCAAAUGCACAAAAUCUACAAGGAGGUGUCCCAAAAUCAAGAAGUGACCUGUAAAUGCCCCAAAAUAUACAGAAGUGACCCGAAAUCAACAAAAAGUGACCUGAAAUUUACAGGGAGAGCCUCCCGAAGCUCCGAAAGAAACAGGAAGUGACCUCGAUAAUGCCCCCAUAUUAGCAGAGAAUAGGGAUGGACCCAAAAUCAACAGGGAGAGACCCGAAAAUGCCCAAAAUUUAAUAGGAAGUGACCACAAAUGCCGUAAAGUUACAGAAAGUCAUCUGUUAUCACCGAAAAUCAACAGAAGUGACUUAAAUUGACCCAAAAUAAACAGAAAGUGACCCGAAAAUGCCCCCACAUUAACAGGGAUUGACCCAAAAUCAACAGAAAGAGACUCGUAAAUCCCCCAAAUUUAAUAUGAAGUGACCAUGUAUACCCUAAAAUAAACCAGAAGUCACCCGCAAAUGCAAAAAAUCUACAAGGAGGUGACCUGUAAAUGCCCCCAAAUCAACAAAAGUGACCCCGGAAUGAACAGAAAGUGACAUGAAAUUAGCAGGGAGUGACUCCCGAAACGCUAAAACUAACUAGAAGUGAUUCUUAAAUGCCCAAAAUCUACAGGGGGUGGUCCAAGAUCAAAGCCACCCGUAAAUGCCCCAAGUUCAAUAGGAAGUGAGCAUAAAUGCCCUAAAAUCAACAGGACGUCGCCCGGAAUUUCCCAAAAUCAACAGGAGCUGACCUAAAAUCAAUAGAAGUGACCUGUAAAUGCCCCAAAAUCAACAGAAGUGACCCGAAAU